AUCAGCACAAGAUUGCAAGGUAAUCAAUCAUUAUUUCUUGUGAGACAGUACUGACGAUGCAAGAUAUUCUGCUGCGAGUGUUUGUGGUCACCCUGGGUCUCAUGCAUCUGAGGGAUGACCCCGGAAUUGAGGAACAGGACGGUGUCAUCUUGCAAAAGCAGGAAGAGUGGCUCUUGAGGGAAGGAAAGAAAGUGGACUGGGAAAUAGCACCUGUCAAUCAGGAAAUGACACACACUGAUGAUCAGGGGGCUCUGGAUGAUGUGAAACAUGUCUACAAAGAACAAAAUGAGGAUGCAAUCUCAAAAGAGUCUGACCGACAUGUUAAUGAAAAAGAUCAAAUGCUAGCUGUGACUGGAACUGACCAAGACUUAGACAAAGAUGAACUUUCUACAGACAGCUAUGAUUCAAGUCUGCCAGAGAAGUCUGAAAAUGACCCUGACACAGAUGUUCCUGAUGUAAAGGGCAGCUUACAGACAGACACGAACAGUGAAGUGUUCACCUCCAAGCAGGAAGAAGCCCCUGUUCCACACCUCCACACCAAAACAUCAGAAAAUGACAAUUCAGAGAUGGCCAUCGCUGACUGGGAGAAGGAUUAUCUCUGGUACAUUUGGAACACACUUUCCGUUAUUUCCAUAAUUCGCUUCUUUAGGAAAUACCUAAUAAAAAAUUCUCAAGUGAAACAAGUAGUCAGGGCCCCCCUAGUGCCGCUACCGGACAGCAACACUCUGCAGCAUUUCUAUUCUAAAUGUAUUCAAGUCUCACUUGAUCAGAGGUGCAGAGAUGGUGAAUUUUUGGAGGGAUUUGUGAAAGACCUGCUGGAAUCAAUGAAGAGCAUCUGUGAUGGAAGUGGCAGUAUGGUGAUGGAGGACUUUCGGAUGGUGGAUGUGUACGAUAUCAUUGUCCCCUUUACACCACUAGAGCCGUACAGCUUUCAGUGUCUGCUCUGGGACAACCAGGCUACCGACCUGCUGCCAGAUAAGCAAGUCUACGGUCAAAUAAAACUGGUGGAAAAUGGCUGCCACUGUCAGUCCUCCGAUGCAGAAGACGAUAUGGUUUGCCUGCUGCACUGUGAGAAUGAGGGUCUAAAGUCAAAAAUGACAGAUGUUUGCGAUGGCCCUCUUUGCAUGAAGAACUCCCCAUUCCUGUCAAAAUCCCAGGUUACCAGAUGGUUUCAGAGCACUGUAAGACAAGCGUGGGCAUUGAUUUCACACAAGUAUGAGUUGGAGCUCAACAUCCGAUACAUUGAUGCUCCUGGUGCUCUGGUAGUUCGAUUCAGAUCUGGCAAGAGGAUUUGCUUUAGUUUAAAGCCUGUAAUUAAAUUCAACUCCGAUGCCCACUUCUACAUUGCCCCUUACUUUCCAAACAGCUUGGAUACAUUCUGGACACUCUCCUUGACCAUGUAUGAAGAUCUUUUCUUCAAACACAUCUCUAAACAGCUUCCUGACAACUCAUGUCACAUUCAGACUCUUGAUAUUGCACGUUUUCUCCACCAGAGACAGACCACACUCACAGGAAGUAGCUAUUUGAAGGAUUUUCAUUUCAAAACUGCACUGAUGCACCUGAUUUUGACCAGAGACCCAUCACAGUGGAAACCAGAUUAUGUUGCUUGCAGGCUACGGGAUUUACUGGCCUUCAUACAGACAAGCCUUGAGAAAAAGCUGCUGCACCAUGUUCUUAUUGGGAACCCUUUAACUCAAAGGGUUACUGAACUCCCUGCUGAACUGACACAUGUAAAGCCAGUAAAUCUCUUCCAUCCCCUUGUGGUACACAACUGCAUCUACAAAAAUGCUGUAAUGCAUUUCCAAGAGACUCUUAGAAAUGCAGACAUGCUGAUACGUGAUUAUGUUUAUCAGUCUAACAGUGCCAAUUUCUCCAAUUGA